AUGGAAAACUGGAACAGAAAAUGGAGGACGCUGUGGUGCUGGUCGAAUGUCUACUUGGGGUGGAAGGUGGCGCAGGCGCGAAGCCGCGCACUGCCUCAGGACAAGCAGGCGGCAUACUGGGAGCAGCGACACGAACACUUUGCGAAUCUCGUGUGGGACAACAUCAAGGAGUUAAAGGGCUGGUGGGUGAAGGUCGGGCAGUUCUUGAGCACAAGGAGCGACUUGCUGCCUCAGCAGUACAUCCACCACUUAAUUAAACUGCAGGAUAUGAUGCCCACGACGCCAUACGCAGUCAUUGAGAAGGCCCUGGAAACAGAAUUGGGGGAUUUGAGUCAAAUCUUUUCGAAGAUUGAGGAGAAGCCUCUCGCAUCUGCAAGCAUUGGCCAGGUUCAUCGCGCGUGGCUGACAGAUGGUACCGCUGUAGUCGUGAAGGUUCAGCAUGCGGACGUCGAAUCUCUUCUAAUGCACGACAUGGCGAACCUCAAACAAUUGUCUUGGGCUUUUGGGCUGCUCGAGCAAGGCAUGAACUUUGCGCCAAUAUUAGAAGAGUGGCAAAAGGCGGCGAGCAAAGAACUGGAUUUCCGAUUUGAAUAUACACAUCAGACGAGGGCCUAUGAAGCAGCGCAGCGGUCGGGAAUCGGCGUGAUCAUCCCAAAGUGCUACCCGAAUUUGGUGACAAAAUCCGUCAUGGUGAUGGAGUUCAUCGAUGGCUUCAAAGUUACUGACGUCGAGAAGCUCGAUCAAUACGGCGUAGACAGAAGGGAGCUCAUGUACAAACUGUGCGACAGCUUCGCCUAUCAAAUUCACAUUGAUGGACUUUUCAAUGGUGACCCUCAUCCGGGGAACAUCCUGGUGUCCGUCGAUCCUGAAACAAGAGAGGCGAAACCUGUUAUUCUUGACUGGGGCCUGGUGAAGGAAUUUGACUCAAAGGGGCAAACUGCCUUCUCUAAGCUCGUGUACUCUGUCGCGUCAAUGGAUGUAAUGGGCCUUAUGGAGGCGUUUGAGCACAUGGGCUUCACGUUCAAGGAGGGGAAGGGGGCCGUCGUUGACCCGGAGAUCUACAUGGAGGCAUUGCGAGUGGCUUUCAGGCAAGGGGAAGUCGAGAAGAACGAGACAGAGGCGCUUCACAAGGCGGCAGGGGAAACGGUCCAGGCUGCCGUAAAGGCCGGGAUAACCCGCAAGAAAAUUCAAGAGGCAAAUCCUCUCGAGGAUUGGCCGAAGGACAUUAUAUUUUUUGUACGCGUCGCGUCGCUUCUUCACGGCCUCUGUGUUCAGCUGAAGGUUCACAUCCCAUUCUUGCAGAUAAUGGUUCGUAGGGCUCAGGAGUGUCUUUUUAACCGCUAUCAGCCGCCGAGCCCUCUUAUAUACACGCACUUCCUGGGAGGCAGGGGAGCUGCCAAGUGUUCGAUUCAGCAGCGGUUGAAUCGAUUGCUGCGAAGCCUCGUUGAGCAGAAGUUAGUCCUUGGGUGCCAAGUGGCGGUUUGCUUCGAGGGGGAGAUGAUAAUCGACGCAGCCAUUGGCCAGAUGGGACCUGUAGAUACGCGCCCGGUUACCCCAGACUCACUAUUUUGCGGUUACUGCACUGCAAAAGGGCUCUUGAGUACGGCUCUGCUACAACUCGUGAGCAGCGGAGAGCUGGAGCUCGAUGACGCUGUAUCGAGUUGGUGGGAUGGUUUCAUUCGAUACGGGAAGCGGGAGAUAACCGUGCAGCAGUUGCUGACGCAUCGAGCCGGUCUGCACCGAGCACUGCCUGCAGAUCUUACCCUAUCCAGACUCGCGGACUAUAGUGAAAUGGUUCGCAUAGUGGAGGACGCCGCACCUGCCUGCCCGCCUGGGGCCUGUGGAAGAUACGCGUACCUGACUUACGGGUGGGCUGUCAGUGAGUUGGUGCGUUGUGUAUCGGGGAUGUCGAUCGACGCCUUUGUACAGGAACGGCUUCUAGAGCCGCUAGGACUUAAAGGAGAGCUCUUCAUCCGAGUGCCACGAGAAGCGGAACAGUCGUUUCCUGCUGUCUCAGUACCACAGACACCCGCAAGCGCAGCAAGGGGUAGCACGAAGUCAACGCCAACAGUAAAACCAACAACAUCGCCCUCCAGCCCCAGUGCAAGACAAAGGAGCACUGACAGCAUGCGGAUGGUCUCUAGCAGUCAACAGGCUGUGCACGUCGCUUCUACUUUAGAACUCCGGCACUCUGCUCUAUCAAAAGAAAGAGGACCGUCUCCUCUAGCAGAGAGGAUGGCUGCUGCAGCACUCUCCGGAAACAAAGCCGCCGUUACUAGCUCGGGGCGCUCAAAGACGUUGGAGUCCUUGAACUCCUCGCACGAUGUACUAACGACGACUCAUGCUAGCGACAGCGCAGACGGCGAAUCUCAGCAGCAUUCACUGAGUGACAGAAGUAGAUCAUUUUUGCUGCCUGGCCCUCACAGUUCACGCAGAGAUGGUGUGGACGAUGCAGCAUACAACGAGGAGACACGAGGGAGGAGUAUUACAGGAAGUGGCAUCAGCAGCAAGACUUCGUCUCGUAGUCCACAGCUCGUGUCGACCCCAAAGACGGAAGAGUUUUCAUCAGAUAGAGAAAGCAGCAGAGAUCCUUCCGCCUUUAGUCCUGCGCUGGAACGCAGUGCGGCACCAAGUGCGCCGCCGUUGUCACGGCGGCACCUUGACGCGGAUGACGGGGCCUCUGACCGCAGCAAAUGCAGCAGAAGCAGCAGCAGUAGCAGCAGUAGCAGCAGCAAGUGCAGCGCUUCUGUGCAGGGGAUUUCACACAGUGCGGAGAAGGGUCAGCUUUCUGCCUUCCCGAAGGAAGUUGAAAUCGUGACAGCCGACACUCCGCUGCUGUGGAGGCUGACCUCUGCGCGCAGAAAGAUCUCCUUCAACCCCAUGACCCAACAAGAGGUGCUAGAGCGCCUAAAGCAAACGCAGGGUAAACUUGAGGGAGAGAAGGAACAGGGUGAAGGCGGCGUUUCGAGUGCAUACGACCGACAAGUGAGACGUCAUCUCGCCUCGGCCAUGAGGCGGCGCCGUCGCCGGAUGCUGAGCAUGAAAGGCAAUUCAGGGCCCCUCGAGCAUAUGCGGGAAGUGCACAUUUGCAACACACGCAGUACAGAGAGUCUCCCGGAUGUUUUUUUACGCACAAGAAAUGUGAGACACGUGGAUUACGACCGCCAGAAGUCAGAGGAAGAGGGGGGCCUCUCUCAAAGCGACGCCUUCACGGAGGGGCUGAGGACCCCUGAGUCGGACUCGGAUAGCCCUGGGAUGACACCGACUGCCCCAGGCGCAGCUCCGCGCGUGUCAGUGCUAGAGUUGAUACGAACCAAGCCACACGUAAUGGACCCCCUCAUCUAUGACAGCCACCGCAUUGUGCACCAGCUGAUUCCCCCCAGCAACUGCCGCUGCACUGCGCGUGCCCUUGCCCGGUUUUAUGCCGCUCUAGGUGAAGGCCAAAUCAUCAGCAAGCCUCUUCUUGACGCUGCACGAGUCGCCCAUACUGUUGACACCACUCUGGAGGCUCUUCUUCUAACGGGUGGAGGCAGCAGAACUUGGGGUUUGGGGUAUCAGCUACCGUCUUGCGCAGCCGCAUAUCAAGUGUAG